CUAUAAAAUUGACUUGGCUAAGCUCCCUCACUUAGUAGUCUCUUCUGACUUGAGAGGCCGCCUAGGGAUAUCUGGAGUGCACACUAGGGAGUUUUCAUCUUUCUCAGUGGAGCCACAGCCUCUGGAACAACAUCUAUUGCAGCAAUUUUAUGCCUUUCAGUGAAUAGCAGUACAAUCACUGCAACCACAAAACGAAAAUGACCGCCAUCAAUCCCCCAAAAGACAAGUACCAUGCUGUCUGGAUCAUAUUCUUCAUCCUAGGACUUGGAACUCUUCUGCCAUGGAAUUUCUUUAUGACUGCAACCAUGUAUUUCAUAGAGCGGCUGAAGGACCAAUCCGAUGUUGGCAGUAAUGGUACACUGAAUGUUACCAUGGAGGGAGACAGCCGCAAUGUCCUGCAGGCGAAGUUCAGCAAUGUGAUGACUCUCUGUGCUAUGGUCCCUCUUCUCAUCUUCACCUGCCUCAACUCUUUCAUCCACCAGAGGAUCCCCCAGACGUUGCGCAUCUCAGGCUGCCUCUCCGUCAUCCUGGUGGUGUUCCUGCUGACGGCCAUCCUGGUGAAGGUGGACGUGACCCCGCUGCCAUUCUUCAUGCUCACCAUGAUCAAGAUUGUCUGCAUAAACUCAUUCGGAGCCGUUCUGCAGGGCAGUCUCUUCGGCCUGGCUGGAAUGCUCCCUGCUGCAUACACGACGCCCAUCAUGAGCGGACAAGGCCUUGCUGGAACUUUCGCUGCUUUCUCCAUGAUCUGUGCCUUGGCCUCUGGCUCUGCCCUCAAUGACAGUUCCUUUGGGUACUUCAUCACGGCCUGUGUUGUCAUCCUGCUGGCCAUCUUUUCCUACCUCGCCCUGCCCAGAAUGGAGUUCUUCCAAUACUAUGCUGAGAGCGGUGGGCUAAGACCUGCUAAUGAUGAAGAAAACAAGAUGGAUCUGUUGAAGAAAGAUGGCUCUGAAGAGAAAAGGCCAGUGGUCAGCCUGACUGGGGAGGAGAGCAAGCCAACCGUGUCUGUGUUUGGCAUCUUCAAGCAGAUCUGGGUCACGGCUUUGUCUGUGUGCUGCAUUUUUACUGUCACCAUCGGCACGUUCCCCGCAGUAACUGUGGACGUGAAAACCACAGUGUCUGAUCCUGGUGAAUGGGAAACAUAUUUUAUCCCAGUGUCCUGCUUCCUCCUCUUCAAUGUGAUGGACUGGGCCGGACGCAGUCUGACCGCUGUGUGUAUGUGGCCUGGGAAAGACAGUAUGUGGCUGCCCAUACUGGUGAUUGCACGUGUGAUCUUCGUGCCACUCUUUAUCCUGUGUAAUGUACAACCCAGGGAAUACCUACCAGUGGUGUUUGCCAAUGACGCCUGGUACAUCGUCUUCAUGAUCGUCUUCGCCUUCAGUAAUGGCUACCUGGCCAGUCUUUGCAUGUGCUUUGGUCCAAAGAAAGUGGCUCAGCAUGAGGCUGAGACAGCUGGGGCCAUCAUGGCGUUCUUCCUGUCCCUGGGUCUGGCGCUAGGAGCUGGUUUGUCCUUUGGCUUCCGGGCGAUGAUCUGAAAGACUGACACGUCAUUGGGAUGCCUGUUCUCCCAACCCUCCUGCUGAGGGCCUGGACUCUGAAGGGGGGGGGGGAGGGAGCUUCCUUUUAUUUUUUACUAUCCAGUCUCAUGUCACUCAGAGCCAGGGGCACACCCGUCUGGAUGGGGUUACAGACCCGAAGAGAACACCUGCGCCACUUCCUGCCCUUUUAUUAAUAUUGCUUAUCUGUCCUAGUAGGAAGGACUGCUACAUUAACUGUGCCAGUUGCAGCCGUGUGUCUGCGUGCUGCGGCUCCUUUGUAAACCUGGUCCUAUGGAAAACUGGAAACAAAAAAGAUAUUUGUGGUGAAUGUGAAGAACACCCUUUUUCAUCAGAGUUUAGGUGCCUAAUUAUGUGUAGACUAGUCCUGCAAGUGACGUAGAAUUAGUUAUAGAAUGUUGAACACCUCUAGGUGCUAAACAAGUUAUAAAGCCAGUUAACAGGGCUGAGUAGCAUGACCUUAGACCAGCUUGUAAAUGCAUUGCACUGAUGUUUGUGCCAAUUGUGUCUCAUUUGACUGUCAGUGCAGCAACAUAAGCCUAAACGAUGCAGCUAUUAAUAUCAGACGCAGUUACACUUGAAAAGACCGUCUGCCUGACUUCAAGCCAAUUAAGUUACUUGGGUCAACUUUGUUUUACAAAGGCUUCAGGUUUAUAAUUCAAUAUUGCAUGUACUUGUACUGUUUGAAAUGCCUGUUCCUAAAACAUUUUUAAAGACUCAACACGAAGGAAAAAUCAAUUUUAGCCUUAUUAGAUGUUUAGAUGAUUUCGGUUUUAAAUGGAUCUUGUGGCAAUUGAAGUUUAGUUUGACCAGUGUUUUUGUGCUUACUUUUUUAAAACAGCUUUUGUAUACUGUACAUAAUGACUGUAUUUUAUUUAUCGUCUGUAUGCAUUCUAACUGCUCUCAAUUUUUUUAAAGCACAGUGUGCUAUCAGGUUUGGUUUCUUGUCUGUUUAGAGUUAAGGCUCGGAUAAAAUUAUGUAAUGGCGAUGUUCUGCUCUGUUGCCAUUGUUGUAUUGUUUAUUCUCGAACAACUGCCAAAUUGUAAUCUGUGAAGAAGGAAAAAAAUACAGUGUGUUUGUAUACAUUUCUUA